UCAGAGUUUUUGGCAAUGGUGAUAGGCACAGCGCUCUCAGAGCCUCCCAAGAUCCACAGAUUCCCUCAACCCAAUUACAUAGACUCCGUCCGGUGGCUUCCCCCAGUCUCCGCCUUGGACCGGUUGGCCGUGAUCGCUGUUUUCGACUCCGAUAAGGACUCUUCCUCUAUAGAAAUCCACUCUUUCACCCAAGACCCAUCACCAAAUCUGACCCUUCAUUCGCAAUGGGACGCACCCUCGCGAAUUUCCUCCCUCACGGCCUCUCAGUUCAACCACAGAUCCCUAGUGGCCGCCGCGACGCUUUCGGGAUCGCUUCACGUGUUGCUCACCGGCGCAAUGGACCCUUCGGAGUUCGCGUCGGAGCUUUCGGUGCCCGAGAAGGUGUUGCAUGAUGGAGCCAUUUCUUGUGGGGAUGUGAUGGAUGGUGGGGUUGAGUGUGUCACUGUUGGGGAAGAUGGGAGGGUGAAUGUGGUCAGUUUAGGGGAGGAUCAGCUGAGCUAUAAGAGGAUUUUCGAUAGCAGCGGGCUGGUUUCGUUUACUUCGGCGAAAUGGGCAUCUCCCAGUGAGUUUGCUACCGGAGGGUUUGGGUUUAGUCUGCAGUGGUGGGAUCAGAGAAAGACCGGUGGGGCGGUUUCUCAGUUCAAGGGUGACUGGAAUCAAAGCAAAUCUUCAGGGAUUGUACAUUCCAUAGAUAUUCAUCCAUCGAGAAAGCACACUUGUCUGGCAGGAGGCUCUUUAGGUACUGUAUUUGCCUGGGAUCUUAGAUGGCCACAACAGCCACUUAUACUCUCUGGGGUUGGGUCAGGUGAAGCAACCUGCUCUCCAUGUGAAAGUGAGGUUUGGGAGGUUCAGUAUGACCCCUAUGUGAAGUCUACAAACGUAGGAAGUGGUUCUUCACGUAUUUUACCUACUAUGAUCUGUUCUGAGGACGGAAUUCUUGCUGUUGUUGAACAGGGUGAGGAACCUAUUGAGCUCUCGGCAGAACCUUGUGCAAUCAACAGCUUUGACAUAGACCAGCAGUCUCCAUCAGAUGUGAUCUACAGCCUGGAGUGGGAAUCUAUAGCCAUCUUGACAAGGCCAUGAUAUCGAGGAAUGAACAUGAAGAUUCACAGUUCAAUUUGGAAUCUAUUCUGAAGUUAGCAAUUAAAAAAAAUGGAACGCUGCAAUCACUUGGUGCUGAAAGUUAAUUUUAAUGUACAAACCAAGUUGCUGAAGUUCUGCUGGAAGACAUAGAUAAUUGCUACUCAAGUGAGUAAAUUACGGUUUAUAGUUGCUAGAAUAUCAAGUAGUGAUUCAGUGUUAAUAUGCCCGAUCCCAUGUGAUUGAAACAAGCUUUGUCGAUGUUGUGGUGCUUCAGAUGUUUUAUAGAGAAAUACAUUUUGACCAUUGUUGCAGCAGUUUAAGGCUGUAAAAGUUGAUUCAGGCUCAACAUUGGUCGACAGAAUGCAUGUCAACAAUGAUUCAGUCUGUAAG